CCCUGACUUGUCUGUACAGCAAGUGAACGUAUAAUACCCUGGAACCACACUAUUCUGUCACCGUGCAACCAAGAACGCGAAAGAUGAAGUUACGAUGCGACUGACAUCGAAGUUGGUGCGUUCCAGAUCACGCGGCCCACUUUAUUCCGUGGAAUAUCUCGAUCUUUCUUGUCUUGGAAUCGUUACCAUUGAUGGGUUGAAGGAGUGUAGUCGGUUGCAGGUCCUGUUACUGCAAGGCAACAACAUUGGCAUUGUGCAGAACAUAGAAUCAUGCUACAGUCUCUGGAGACUAGACCUAUCCAAUUGCAAGAUAAGCAAUCUGGAUGGGCUGUCAAAAUUCAUUGCCCUGGGCUGCCUCAAUCUUGCCAACAAUGACCUGGCCUGGAGCGAACUCAUGAAGAUACGCCACAUGCAUGUCUUGGACAUGAGUCUCCAUGGCAACGAAACAUUGGAGAGGGAUAAAUACUAUCGUAUCCAUGUGAUUGACAGCUUGCCUAAUGUCUGGACAUUAGAUGGCCGAAUCGUUACAUCUGCUGAACGCAUACAGGUCCAGCACUUUUUCCAAGACUCGGCACUUUCACAACGACCAGUUAGACAUAAACUGACACGGGAGCAGUUUGUGCCGUCAUCUUUGAAGAAGAUUCAGGUCAAUGGAAUAUACGGAGAAAGGACCACUCACUUCAUGAUGCGAUUUCCAACGAACGGCGCCCUGAACGUCGAGACGGACAACAGGAGACUGAAGUAUCUGUGCUUCUGUUUGCAGCGCGAUCUUCAGCUGGAAGUACAGCACAGGAAAAGUGACCAGAGGUUGAAACUCUACCAGUCCACUUUCAUGGAGAGCCUUCUGGAUGCCAGACCCAAGGAGCGGGAUCGAUGUAACGUCCUCCUGCUUCUGUUGGUAGCUUCUUUAGAAUUCUCCCUGCCCACCUACCUCGUUCAGGAAACGCUAAGUGCUGCCAAACUGACAGAUGUUGGGGGAAUCAAAACACUUGAGUUGUUCCUGAUGCCUCGAGACCACCGAUGUCAAAUUGCCUCACUGCUUCUCAGCGCUGUCAAAGUGGACAGAGACAGUAAAAAAGAUGGGGGUCUGUAUGACCGCUUGUAUCUCUGUCUCUAUCACACCGUUACUGAGCUUUACAAGAAGAUGCAUGCAAGUCCUCAUACCGCUUCACCACAGGCGUCACCUCGGAAUAUCGUUUCAGCUGAGGAUUUCAAGGAGUUCAAGUCGCUCCUUGCUGCCGAGGUGGUCCAGCUAUUCUGCAUCGUGCCCGUCUUCUUUGACUACAUCACCAAGGAGUCUGGUGUCAUGCACCUAGUAUCCAUGGCAACGGCAGAUGUCUCCAUCGUGGAUAAAGUGGCGAAUCUCAUUGAGAGAAUCAAGCAACAAGGGGGUGAACUUCGGAGAAUUAUUGAAGAGGUAGCUGAGUUUCUGAUCGGUGCGCUGAACAGAAACACCAAGAGCGUCCUGAACAAAGGCAUCCCAGCCAAGAGCUCCUCAACCUAUGUGCUUUCUACGCCCAAAGCCCUACCCAGGAGACCCCAGUCCUCCCCCGUCCACGCCAGCAAGUACCUGACCAUCGGCCGGCCCAGCCCAGAACGACCUCUGACCUCCCGCGGCCGACCGGCGACGGCCCAGGGCCUGAGGGUCACAGGACGACCGCAGCAACGCAAGCCCAGGCUGGGGGACAAGAUGCUGCUGGCCCCGCAGAAUCUGGGGUUUAUCAUUGCACUGCCGGAGUGUGACGUCGCAUUGGUGCAGAUGGAUAGUAUUCCAGACCUGAUUUUAAACCUAAAAGCUGAAGCACCUAAUGGCUCGGUAGUGACGAGUACCGGCGACAUUGACCAGAAUUACUGCUACAUUGAUAUGGCACAGGUGGCAUGGGAUGCGCAGUAUCACUACUGGAAACCGGUGGGAACCACAGGCGACAGAAUAACAAUCCAGAAUGUGGAUGAGUUACCGCCAGCCAACCCUCCCACCAGCCCGAGAACAGGGAACACGCCCCCUUACAGCCCCAGAGAGGACCCACAGCUACCCCCAUCACCAGUGGCUGAGACUGAAGAUUUACCCCGUUCUGUGUCGAUGCUCCUCCGCGAACGUCUCAAAAUCUCCCCGCAGAUUAACUUUGUCGAUCUGAAUGACCCCGCCCCCGCCCCAGUCAAAAAUAAACCUGCCUCGCCCCGAGAAGUCAAGCAGUCAGAGCCCCAAGGCAGUGACAAGCCUCCCGAGGGCGUGCUUUAUGACUGCGUGAAAUGCGCAAUGGAGGUGGUGAAAUCCAACAACGAGGGCUUGGCGAGCCCGAGGAAGGAUGCAGCGAAAAGAGAAAAGGAAGCGACUCAAGAUGGACCAAGUAGGAAAGAAGAGAGACCCUUGUCUGCCCGCUCCUUGGAUGGAUUGACGGAGAGGGCGGCGGAUGAUCAAAUCUUGGAGGAGAUUUCAGAAGCCAACUCCCAGACUGCAUCCAGUACAAGGAGGAACAGCCUACAGUCAGUGGAGGAAAGUAUGCACCAACAAACUGACACAAGAGAUAUUCCCAUGACGACCAAGCCAGCCAGUGGACUAUCGAGAGCAUCAUCUGCUAAGUCCACAGUCAGUAGUGUGUCAGUUUGCAGCACGCGGUCCCGCACCAUUGAGGUAGACCUGAGGCCCGAGAGCGAGAUGUUCUCCGACUACCAAGUCAACCGAACCGAGGAGUGGAAAAGGUCUUCAAAGAGACCUCAGUCAUCCAGCAGCCUAGGAUGGGCUUCGCGUUCUUCUACGCCCACAAAAGGGCGCUACCGUGAGCCUUCCGGUAGUCCAGUGCUGCUCCAAACAGGUACCGAUUGGCUAGCUGGUGGCAUGAACGUCCAUCACAUCGAGAGACUGACCAAUAGGAUGAAGGUUCACCACACUCCGGGGUGGAUGGAAGGGAUGAGCGGCCGGCGGCCGCAGUCUGUAGGACCAAACAGGUCGAGGAGUCCGCCUAAACAGAGUAGCCGAAGGACAGUCAAAUCGGCUGGCAUGUCAAGGGAAAGGUCUUCAAUGUAUGCAGACUCCCUGCUAAUGACACCAUCAGCCAAUCCCUCGUUCUUCUACCAAGACGUUUCCAGACUGACAAACCCGAUGUACAACGUCCGCAGUGGUAAACCGUUUCUAGUCAGGGCUGCUCGGUUGACAUAUGAUGGUACAUGACAGAGAAGGGUUGUCUACAUCUAAAGUAUGGAAGCUUAUUCAAUUUAUAGCCAGGUCUUGAGUUCUAUAGUUUUUUUCAGAGAUGUAAAUGUGGAGUGCCAUGGCCUCGUGGUCUGGAGCAUGGAAUUCAUUCAUAACAACUAAGAUUUAGCUCAGUGAUCAAAGUAUAUACAUGUUGAGAAAACAGAAAAUGCAUUGGGGUCUCGUAACUGGAUUCCAUUGCUAACUUAAAUAAAAAACUGUGCCCGCGGGCACACUUUUGUAAACCACCUUCAAGGAUUGUUUUCUUUCGAAUGAUACCAUUCUAGGCGGACUAAUUUCACAGGGUAUCUGGUACCAUUCCUAUCGUCACUUUUAGCAAGGAUUUUCUUGUUAAAUUAGUAGGUCCGUUUCCGGCUAAUUGCAAAUGUUCCUAUGUGCCUUUAAGCCAGAAUGUCUCUUCUUCUUUUGCUUGGUUUUUUUUUAUAACAGGGUAAGAGAAGCAGAAAGUAAAAAAAGAAAAAGAAAAAAAACCACCCAAAACCAAAACAAAAUAACAACCAACAACACCCCCCCCCCCGCAAAAAAAACAAAAAAAAACCCAAAAACCAAAUGAACGAAAAGUCUACAAGGAAACGAAUUUGGAAAAUCUUUCCUCAUUUUAAACAGUAACCACCUAAUAAUUGGAUUGUAGUUUUUAAAAUUUUGUAUACAAAUAUAUUUAUAAAUGUUCUAUUACAAAUAUUGUAUGUAUGUACAUGUAUUCAUUUGUGCUGAAAGUGCUUUCAUUGAAAAUUAUUAGUGUGUGAGUGUAAAGUUGGAAGUGUGUGACAUUUCAAUACGACAUGUAAAUAUUUGGUUUUAUAAGUUGUGAGAUUUAUGCAUGUAAAGAGUGCAGUGGAACAGAUCGUAAAUUCAAAAUGUAUGUUUUUCUGUUGGAAAAUUUAAUGUAUAUUGGAUUUCUGUGUGAGAAUCCCUUUAAUUAAAUACUAUUCACAUAUUAACCAGUUCGCGCCGGAUGACGUGUAUACACGCAAAUGUUUUGCGGUAUUAGGAUGUAUGACGGAUAAACACAAGGGAGCGAGGCUGGAAAUAUCUGUCAGUGACCCGCUUACAGCGAGUGAGGCCGGAAAUAUGAGUGUGCAGCCCGAGGGUGAUGGCUUCAACCCGCCUGGCUUGAGGUCAAGUGAAAAGUAAUCCUGCGUCUCGUUCCGUUCUUGUCAAAAUAAUCCCAGCGUGAACUGGUUAGUACCAUUAGAGUGCUUUAUUUUUAACAAAUGAAAAUAAAUACCAUGUGAUACACUCUUAGCCAAUCAAGUGGCAAAAUCUUUGGACACGGUAGACGAGGUUUCUUAGUAUUGCUGUCAUUGUGAUGUAAUUCUUUUGAUGGUCGAUUUGAAAUAAAAGAAUUUACAAAUUUAUAUCGAA